AUGUCUUUAGUUUUCCAUAGAAAACCUACGGCCCAUAGCGCCAAAACUCUCAAGCUACUUCUGGAGAAAUUUUCACUCUACAAAGAAGAGUGCAACCCAAAUGGGUCCGAAGAGAAAAUGUUUGAGGCAUACUUGACCUCAACCAACCUUAUAAAAGGUAGUAUAAAAACUAUCGAACAGAGUAGGAACUCAUUGCAGUCACUGAUAGACAAACUGCAGAUGGAAUAUGAUGAUUCCAGAACAAAAGGCAACAAAAAGGAUCUCGAAAAAGAAGUCGGGGAAAUUGAAAGCGAAGCAAAAUCCACUGAUAUCAUGGCAAAAGCAAAUGAAAUGAUAUUUAUGCUAGAAGGAAGGGCCAGAGAAGCAGCAAAUCAAGUUGAUAAAUUUGCAAGGAAACUGGAAAUAAAAUUACACAGAAACCAACUAAUAGUAACGCAUCUUGAAGAUGCAAAUAAUCGAUCGCCACAAACGGUGGCGGGAAGUGCCAGAACGGCAACAGAUCAAAGUAGUGACGUAACCUUCAUCAUUUUGAUACUAGCAGAUAUGCGAUCGAAGAAGAGUAGAACUCUCAAACCAAGUCAAAUGAAACUUCCUAGGUUUUGGGGAGAUGAAGAAGAAUUUCCAGAAUUCUGGGCAGUCUCUGAAACACUGGUACAUCAGAAUAAAGUACUCAGUACAGUUGAGAAAAUGCUUCUUCUCAAAGAUAGUCUCCGAGGAAGGGCAGAGAUGUUUAUCAAAGGGAUACAACUAAUUCCUCAAAAUCAUAAAUGGAUGGUUGAAACUAUAAAGAAAAAAUAUGAUAACAAACCUAUAAACAUAGCAAAGAUCGUGCAGAAACAAAUUGAUCUUCCAUGUGCAAGGAAUAAUGUCAAGAAUUGCACAUAUAUUUCCGCCAAAAUAAGAAUGUUGAUUAACCAAAUGGUAUCGGUGGGCCAGGAUAUACCUUAUAAACAAGGUGCUGUGUGGACAGAAAGAAUACUGAAAAAGUUUCCGUACAAUAUUGCGAAAAAAUGUCCUUAUAUGUAUCCAAGAUGUGAAAGUAGAAAACGUUAUAGAGCAACUCGAAAGAGAUCAACGCUAGAAAGUUCGUCGAAUCAAGAUUAA